CGGGUGCUAAGAUAUCGACUUACUGCCAUUUAACAUGUAAUCCGUCGUAGAAACAGUCGCUUUGACUCGCUAAAAACACUGAUAAGUGCUUAAAGUGUUUAACUCAGACUUUGUGUUUUACUUGGAACAUAAAUAUAGAAGCCUGACAUCAAGGAGUGAGAAUGGAGAGUUCUGUUUUGCUCGUUUUCGUGAGUUGGACUGCGCUGUUGAUCCAUUUGACGUAUGGCGAAGAACGUCAUCGCACUCUGCUGUUUCCCGAUAACUUCUUUUUUGCUGAAAGACGGUUUGUAAACCACACUAUCGAUACAAAAAAAGUUAAGGACUUGGAUCACUGUGAGCUUUUCUGCUACAUGAAUGACAAAUGCGUUAGUGCUAACUUCAAAAAAGAGCCAGAGGCUGGAGGAAUGGCUCAUGUUUGCGAAUUGAAUAACGCAACUCAUCUGGAUUAUGAUACUGACCUGAUAACUGAUGUCAAUUUUUAUCAUCGCGGCUCUAAGAACGCCUGCGGUAAGAAUUCACGUUGCCAAAAUAAUGCAAUUUGUGAGUCCGGUUUCACAUUCAAGGGAUAUCGAUGCUUGUGCCCUCCUGGAUUCGAGGGAGAAAAUUGUGAAAAAGAUGUUGACGAGUGUGCUUCAAAUGACACUGAUGUAUGCCAACUCAACACCGUUCUGCACGAUGUGGAUAGAGACGUAAGCCACCAUGACCCGGAAAAAACAGAAUGUGACCAAAAUCUCAACCCUGAUUGGUAUCGUUUCCUGGACAUUCCAGGAAUAACAAUGCCGACUGAGUGUCCAGAUCCUGACAAGUGCGGCACAUCAUUUCCAGGCUGGUUGAGCAGUAGUCACCCCACAGUGACUGAGGGAGAAGUAGCAGGGACUGUUUGCUUCAGCAGGAGCUCGGAUAUGUGCUGUCACCAGUCGAAAAACAUAAGGGUGAAGAACUGUAGUUCCUUUUACGUCUACUAUUUAGUGCCGACGAGCUGUCCCUACCGUUACUGCUUCACACAUAACUGA